AUGAGACAGUCAGCUAACCCAUCCAUCUACUUCCUCAACACUACAAAUGCAUCAGUAACAACAAAUGUUGGCGUCAGUGGUUCUAAUGUGACCAACCCUGUCACGACAUGGCUAUUAAACACUACGCUCCUAUUGGACAUUGAUGUCACUCAGCCAAUCUUGUGUAAAACAGACCUUGGUGUCUCUAGCAAAUGCAGUUUUAGUGAACCACCCAACCCUGUUUAUGAUGCAGUAAAGAAGACAUGUUCUAAUGUAGUACUUGAGGUUGAAUAUACACUUCAGUGGAACACAUCCACAGACUUAACACAAGUUGGACUUCGGCUUGUUCUUGGUCAACUCUCUUCUGAUAAUAAGCUUCCAGUUUUACAGAAAUUCUCAGUGAAAUUCAAAAAGGAAGGGGCUGAUGCAUUCUCUCGUUCUGGUAACCCUGGUUACAUUGUUGGUAAACCACUUGUUGCAGGGACUCUGAAAACUGACCCUUCAUCAAAAGCUGAGUACAUUUCACUGAGUAUUGAUCCAUCAAGCUGGCUGACAAUCACAGGGCCAUCAUUAAAUGGUUUAUGUCAUAACUCAACUGAUAGGUUCCCUGUGGUAUUUGGCGUGGACGUUAGAACUGGUUGUAAURUAAGGUUGUCAUUAAGCACAAGCUCGUCUGCAUGUCAAGUAUUACAGGAUACAGUACUCAAUGUCCUUCUUGCUGGGGUCCCGUCGYACGUCGCUACCUUUGGUAACUCAGAUGUAAACAAACCUGGUGAUUGGGUCAAGAUUAUMAAUAACAAACCUACACAAACAGUCAGUGGAGGCAAUGGCAUUUGCAAUAAUAUGAUAAUGGGAUUACACAUUGAAGUUCUAUUCUCGAACUUUGGGUUUUUGGCUAAUCCACAACCAAAGAUCGUUGGUGUCCAGUUUAAGUAUGAAGACCCAAAAGACAUAAAAUAUCAGUGCAUCGGACCGUAUUGGCAGCUGGGAAACAAAUCUGCCACACAAUCCUUUGAGGUGGUGACGUCAGUCCAGUUCAUUGACGUGUCAACAACACCUGAGACAUUGCUGAAGCCAACACCCACAUUUGAAGCUAAAGCGCCUUCAGAUUUCUUUUACCCUUUCCUAUAGCAGGAUAAAGUUACCUACCGUGGGUGUGGUCUCUGGAGAUCGUUGUUGGAACAGUACCGACAUCAGUGCAGUCAUAGGAUUUCUGUUAUACACCUAUUUCAAAAAACGUUCCAGGACACAGUCCACUGUCUUGAGCCUGCAAAGAGUCUCGGGAUUUACAUGCACAAUUAAUAUAUUCAAAAUAUAUUUGCCAAUUUGGUUUGAAUUCGAUGGCGGUAAACACUACUAAUAUACUAUUUCGGGUAUUUAAACCCAUCAAAGUCUCGGCAUCGGACAUUUUUCUUGAAAAUGGUUUCUCGUUUUCAAACCGUCAGUGAGCUUCAAAGCUUUAUUCACGAAAAAUACCACACAGGAACUGGUGUUGGAAAUUAUUCAUUUGUAUUGGGAUAUUAUGAGGAACCGAAUAAUCACCGUUGCACUAUGCUAAUCGAAGUACAUCUUGGCGAGGCUAUUGAAAAACUGUAAUAUAUAAUUAUUUAUAAAUGGCAAUCCCGAGAUCAUUUGCAGGCUUAAGCGUGGACUGUGUCCUGGCGAUGACAACUUUUUUGAAUUAGAUGUAUAUUCCAGUGCAACCUUUCUUCUUUCCUUCGAAAAUGCUUGACAGUAAUAAGGAUACGGUUUGAACUAGACACUUUGUUUCCUAUUGAGAUCGUUGUUGCGUCUAUAAAUAGGUUGRCGUUUUAGCUAAAUUGCAUAAACAAAUCGAAUUUUAAGCCACAAGAAAUUCAAGCCCAUGAAUGAAAAGAUCUCAUACCUGUUAGCAAUUCCUGAAAAUUUGAAGUCAAUUUGUGACAUAUUUUAAGAGAUAUCAAGCGACGAAUUUGCAAGAUUUUUUCARAAAUGACCGUGKUGGGYAUAAUGUUUCCAWUCAYUGRAUGUUUUCUAUAGAUUYUGUAAUUUGGAAAUUCMGAUAACUCGAAAAGGCGUUUGCCCUAAAAAUUUUGAGCUUUUGCUGAGAGUAAUAUUAUCUUGAAUUGUAUGAGUUCAGAUUGGUUAUUUUUUGAAUUUGAUAUUUUKGCAUCAUCGGAUGAUGUAAACAAACUAUACGYCAUUGGGCACAUCCUGUUUAGCGUCGAAACGAAAGAUACUGUAAAAAAAAGAACUUCCAAUAGAUUUCUGAACAUUUUACGUCAAUGCUUGAUUUUCAAUGCAUUGUGGGAUAAGAAAAGAAAUCCGCCAUGUUUUGUCCCAWACRUUUCCCACAAUGCAUUGCGUAAAAGGYACAUGACGUAAAAGCUUGAGAGGUCCAUAUCAAACAAUUAUUUAUAUCAGGGUUUCAGAUUGYAAGCCUGGCUCGUGCAUUUUUAUUAUUCUUGUAAAUACUGUACAUUCAAUCAUUCAUGGUGUAUUGUGAUAAAGACGUUUACAGCAAGACUGUUYUAGCAAAGCUAAUAAAAAGCUACUAAU